AUAUAUACAUAUAUAUAUAUACAUAUAUAUCUAUAUACAUAUAUAUAUAUAUAUAUAUAAAUAUAUAUAUAUACAUAUAUAUAUAUAUACAUAUAUAUAUAUACAUAU